UCGUAAAAUUACCAAAAUAUCCAUUAACUAGUAACUACCUCAAUAACUCUCUCUCUCUCUCUCUUAAAUUUCAAUGCCCCUUCGGUUUUGACCUCUCGGAGACCCCUAUCUCCCAUUUUUUCUCUCUCUAAAGCUCUCUCUCUCUCUCUCUUGCUCUUUCUCUCUCCCUCUGUGGAACUUUCCGAUCUGAGAGGUUAAUUACUCGAAGGGGUUUCGAAUUUUUUUUAGGUGAUUGAUUUUGGAUUAAAACUAUUUCAAUGGCUGCUCCACCGGCAAGAGCUCGGGCCGAUUACGAUUACCUCAUAAAACUGUUAUUGAUCGGCGACAGUGGUGUGGGUAAGAGUUGCCUUCUUUUACGUUUCUCAGAUGGCUCCUUCACCACUAGUUUCAUCACUACCAUUGGCAUCGAUUUUAAGAUUAGAACCAUUGAACUUGAUGGAAAACGGAUCAAACUGCAAAUUUGGGACACUGCUGGUCAGGAGCGGUUCCGAACAAUCACAACUGCUUAUUAUCGGGGAGCCAUGGGUAUUUUGCUUGUCUACGAUGUGACUGAUGAAUCAUCUUUCAACAAUAUUAGGAAUUGGAUUCGCAACAUUGAACAGCAUGCUUCAGAUAAUGUCAACAAGAUACUGGUAGGGAACAAGGCUGACAUGGAUGAAAGCAAAAGGGCUGUGCCUACAUCCAAGGGCCAAGCACUUGCUGAUGAGUAUGGAAUCAAGUUCUUUGAAACUAGUGCAAAGACAAAUCUAAAUGUGGAGCAAGUUUUCUUUUCGAUAGCAAGGGAUAUAAAGCAAAGGCUUGCAGACACAGACUCUAGGGCCGAGCCUACAACCAUUAGGAUCAAUCAACCAGACCAGGCAGCUGGAGCUGGUCAAGCUGCCCAAAAAUCAGCUUGCUGUGGAUCUUAAGAACACCCAUUAUUUGAGCAGGGACAUGUCAUGGAGGUCACACUGUCUGGAAACCGAAAAAGAAACAGAAAAAACUAAUUGUCAUAACAAUGUGAUGGGUGCUUGUAAUUUUCCUGACUCAUUCUUUCUGAACUUGUUUUAGUGUGUGAAGGGUAGCUUCUUUAUUUGAGAAUUUUAUUUCGUGGCUAACAUUUGAUGUGUAUCUUGUGGCAAACAACAGCUUUAUUUGUCUUCUACCCGGUUUCUUUCUUUUGCUUGGGAAAUGAACAGUUUAUAUAAAUUGUAGUUUCUAAUGUAGAAAGAUGGGUUAUGCUUUUUA